UUAAUUAAUAAAUUUUUUAAAAAUCUAUAAAAUUAUUUUUACUUAAACCACCAAUCCGCUGAUUACGUCCGCCGUCCACCGUCUCUCCAAGCGUCGGAUUAAUCGUCGCCCCCGUCAGCAGUGAUCACUUCGAUCUCUUAUUCGAUAGUUAAAGUUGUAUCGAGCAUUUAAAAUGGCGAACAGAGCUCAAGUCCGGACUAACAAUUCUGCGCUCAUUGCCAUGAUUGCUGAUGAGGACACAAUAGUUGGCUUUUUGCUUGCUGGAGUUGGCAAUGUGGAUUUGCGGCGAAAAACAAAUUACCUCCUUGUGGACUCAAAAACAACUGUCAAACAAAUUGAAGAUGCAUUUAAGGAGUUCACUACAAGGGAGGAUAUCGCCAUAGUGUUGAUUAGUCAAUAUGUUGCAAAUAUGAUAAGGUUUGUGGUAGAUAGCUAUAACCAACCGAUACCAGCAAUUCUGGAAAUCCCUUCGAAAGACCAUCCUUAUGAUCCUACACAGGAUUCCGUUCUCUCACGAGUGAAGCAUCUGUUCUCUUCCGAGUCAGUGGCCUCUGAUAGGCGUUGAGUAUGAUGGCGUGUCGAACCCCCAACUUUGUAUUGUAAGAAAAUAAUCAUAUUAUUUAUGCUUUUCGGGAGUUGCAUCUCUUCUUUUAUUUGUUCGGUGUUGUUGAAAGUUGGCAGUAUAGUGCUGUUAAUAUUUCGAAUAAAAGUUACGAAACAGAGAGUGAGCGGUAACAUUUCACAGAAAAUAUUUUUGAUGACUGUAAUUUUUGAUUGGAUAUCUAUGUCACUUGGCCGAUGAAUUACCACUCUGUCAUUUGGCUGACAGAUUGCUA